AUGAAAGCAUUCUCUACCCUUGUCCCGUGCAUCUUUGUUUUUAGUUUGGUUUUCGUUGUUCUUGCUCAGCCAGUUACUCCAGGAAACGAAGGCACAGAUGCAAACGCACUGUUGCAGGUUGUGCAGCCCGACGGAGCUGCUGCAACUGCUCGGGAAAGAAUGGAGUGUGGCUCAGAGUUCCGCACUAUAAACGGCGUCUGUACGAACAACCUUUUGAAGCUUUGGGCAUCCACUGGAAGGGCGCAAGGUUCUCUUUCUCGUUACAGCUCGUCAUUGAAUCCCACUGGAACAAAGCUACCAUCGGCGAGGCACAUUUCUAAUGUGUUGUCCCGGCAAGCAGCAGAUGUCUUUAAUGACAGAAAUCUGAAUGAACUGCUUGUUUUCUUUGGACAGUUUAUUGACCAUACUAUGGUAAUUACACCUGCUGGAGAAACUAAGAUGCCGAUUCCGAUCCCUACCGAUGAUCCAAUAUUUGCAAACUUCUCUGGUGGACAGCUGGGUUUCAAGAGAUCUCAGAGAGUGAGAGUGGAUCUCCACGGACUAAUUGGUGUGAGUGCUGGCAAGACAUCGCCACUUCAACUCAAUAUCGAAAGACCCGUCAAUUCCCUCACGUCUGUUCUUGAUCUUUCCUCCGUGUAUGGUUCAGAGCUUAAGAGAUCAAGAGCCCUUCGCACUUUUUCCGGCGGAAAAUUGAAGACCAGUGCUGGAAAUUUGCUCCCUCGCAAUGAUAUGGGUUUGACCAACGCUCCUCUGCCAACAAGCGCAUACUUUGUGGCAGGCGAUACUCGUUCAAAUGAGCAUCCUGUCCUCACUUCCCUUCACACGCUGUGGCUCCGCGAACAUAAUGACCUUUGUGAAGAACUAUCGUCGAAGUUUCCAUCAUGGGAUGACGAUCUCUUGUACAACAUGUCUCGGAAAAUCAGUGGUGCGGAAUUUCAGAAGAUAGUCUUAGAAGAAUUUUAUCCUGCAAUUGUUGGGAAAUCUCUUCCGCCGUACCGAGGUUUCAACGGUCUGACUAAUCCAGUUAUGCUUGAUGUCUUUACUACUGCCGCAUUCCGUGUAGGACACACAAUGGUUGGGAACAAGGUGAACCGCCGUGGGCCUGGAAAUUCAAUCAUGUCUCCAUUGACAAUGGAAAGCAUGUUUUUCCGCCUCGCCUCGAAACUCACAGGUGGGAUAGAACAGUUCUUGAGGGGAGCAAUGCAGACAAAGGCCCAGGAAAUCGACGUUCAGGUCCAUAAUGCACUUCGAAAUUUUCUGUUUACUGGAAUACCGGAAGAGGACGUCUUCUUUGAUUUAAUCGCCCUAAACAUUCAGCGCGGUCGUGACCAUGCCAUUCCGAAAUUCAACGAAAUCAGGAAAAGCCUUGGGAUCCCAUUGGCCGCUGGGUUUUCCGGUAUUACAAAGAAAGCAAAUGUUCAAAGUGCUUUGCAGACAGCCUAUGGAACGGUGGACAAAGUUGAAGCAUGGAUAGGAUUAGUUGCAGAAGACCAUGUUUCUGGCAGUUCACUUGGACGAACUAUGAUCGCCGUAUGGGAGAAGCAAUUCAAGGCAUUGAGGGACGGAGACAGAUUCUAUUAUCGAAACAACAUGUUUGACGAGGAGCUUAAAGACAAAAUCCCCAGAGUCAAAGCUUUAUUUUCAAAAACGAGUACUUUCAAAUCAGUCGUGACUAGAAAUACGGACAUUGUUAAUGCUGAGAUUCCUUCUCGGAUUUUCUUUUAG